AUGACACACCUACUCUACUCCGCCAUUCAGAAAGCCAUCAUAUCCACCAUUAACCGGCCGGACUUCGAAGCUGCUCUUCCACCUCUCUCUGACAAGACAUGGCUCAAGCUUCUUUCCACAACCCAUCAUUCCAGACAAGAGAACGAGCGCCUCGAGUUCCUUGGCGACGCUCUGAUGUACGCCACCAUAGGACGCGUACUAUAUGCUCAGAUACCUGAUGGGACGCCCCACUUAUACACACUUGUUAUCUAUCAGAACGUUAGAGCUGCUCUUCAUUCCAACACCACAUUCUCACAUCUUGCAGAGAGGUUGGACAUUCUUGCGGUCAGCGGCUCCGUGUUGCGUGCUUUAACGACUAAGAGGUUUGGAGAGGGAGCUUCCAUUUCUACGAUGAAAUCAAAGCCUCAGAUCAAGGCAACGGCAGACCUGUUCGAAACUAUCAUUGGAGCGUACUACCUAGAGCGCGGUUUCGAGUCGCUCUGUGGCUGGGUUCAGGGGAUCUAUAAGCCUUUAAUUUUAGUUGCAGAAGCCUCAUUUUCGAAUUUCCGACCGAUACCAAAUAAACAGAAGCGGAAGAGGGGUCAUGACGUGGAGCAUCGUCCACGAUUAGUGAACCCUCGUAAGAAGCCGCGACUAGUACAGUCGACUUCCACGUCAAGGAAUCGACCUCCAGACUUGAGAUUUGGCUUGCUUCGGUCCCCUCAGGUGAAUGAUGAACACGGGACUAGGCCUCAUAUUCUCCCCCCCGCCGCCCCUCAUCCCUCCACGACCAGACUGGCAGGUACAGCUGCACCGAUCGUGAUAGACUUGACUUUAGCGUCCGACUCUAGUGAAGAUGAGGGGACCACCCUGGACAUUUUGCCCAGAAAUCAUGAAACUUGGGCUCUCUCAUCAAGUAUGAGACGGUUUUUGGUGGAAGCGUCGCCUCAAACACAGGAGGAUUGCAGUUCGGAUGAUGAGAGCACGUUGGAACAAAUGCUCGUAGUGGUUGAGCCGGACUCGGACUAG